GUGUGUGUAUCCAUGUUGCAUAGACGUAAUGUGUAUAUAGACAGAGUGAUGUAGCUCUUUAUUCCACCAGAUCUGAAAAAGUGACUUAACUCUCCACAUACAGAACAUCAAUUUGCCAAUUCCCAAUCAGACUCUUUCUCUUUGAUGAGAUUCACAACCAUCUAUCUUCCUUCAAAAUGAUAAAAGAACAAGCUGGUGGUGGUGGUGGCGGUGGGAGCAAGAAAAGCACUACAUCGGCUUCCAGCGCAACCACGUCAUCACAGCAACAAGAACAACAAGCAUCAGUAGCUGCUCUAAAGUGUCCAAGAUGCGAUUCACCAAACACAAAAUUCUGUUACUACAACAACUACAGCCUCACGCAGCCACGUCACUUCUGCAAAACUUGCCGAAGGUACUGGACCAAAGGCGGUGCCUUGAGGAACGUUCCCAUUGGCGGAGGCUGCCGUAAGAACAAGAAGCUCAAUAAGUCUUCAAGAUUACUCUCUUCUCCCUCAUCUGACUCCCCUGGAGUAGGAUCUUCUUCAGACCUUGCUGUUCUUGGUGGUGGCCUUAAGUUCCUCCAUGGUCUCGCUUCUUCAGUUCCCGUACCUCCUUCUCUUGAUUUUCNACCACCCUUCUUCUACCAUCUUCAACAACAACAACCACUUCGCUUCGUUGCUAUCAACAACUUCUUCUAACGCCUUCAACAUUGAUCCUAAUCAUUCUUCUGUCAUCGGUUUGAAUAAUUACGCGUUUUCCACGGGGUUAGGCGGUGGUGGUGGUUGUGCAAUCGAGGGGAUAAGCUCCGCCAUGAACGCUCAUCAUCAUGGUAGUAGUAACAUUGCUUCUUCUAUUGAGUCGUUGAGUUCUAUGAACCAGGACUUGCACUGGAAGCUACAACAGCAAAGGUUGGCCAUGCUUUUUGGCGGUGGUGGCAGCGGAGAUGAUGUCAACAAUAAUCAACAAAAAGACGUUGCUGGUGGCGGCGGCGGCGGCGAACUCGAGAAGCCGCAACCGAUUUUGUUUCAGAAUCUUGACAGUUCUUCAAUCAACAGAAAAGAAGAAAAUUCCGUAACUGCCCCAACUGAGUGGUUCUUUGGAAACUCUUAUCCCUCGGUGAAUCCUACACCAACCACAAGUACCGGCGGUGGCAGCGGCGGCGGCGGUGCCGCCGGCAAUGAUAACGGAAUGAAUUGGGUUGGUGUUGGUUGGGGUGACGUGCAGCAUCAAUACAGUGCUUUGCCCUAGCUAGCCAGCUCUUUGUUCAGAG